AUGGACGAUCUUACAAUGCCAUAUGCCAAGGCCAGCCCUACAUUUCCGACUCGGCGAGAUCGCAUGGCUGCUGCCUUGCGUAUGCUGAUGGCCCAUGACGAUCUUGAUCCGGAACUAUUGCGGCCUGGCUCACAGUGGGUGGCCGCUGCAGAUGUGAUGACGCCGAAACAAAUCUUACCUCACAAUGCAACAGAGCAAGCACCGGUAACGGACUUGCACUCAACAAUCUUGCCCGUCGAUCCUGCAUUAUGUGCAGGAUCCCCAUAUCCCGUUGACGGCCCGGACGGCCCAUGGCAAAACUGGCUGGGCGAUAUCACAACGGCUUCUUCAUCUUCAACCACAUCAAGCAACUUACCAAGCUCAUCCGGGAGUGAUUUCAUGCUAAGUGGGUGGACCCGCUCUGAGAUCUCUUCAGCUCUAACCGAAUGUUUAGAUUUAGGAUGGUCUCUCAACGAGUGGGACGUAAUGCUCAACUCUUCCGAAUUCGACAGCACUAGCACCGCAAGUACCCUACCAGAUCCCGUUGUCGGGACACCACAAAUAAGCCCAGGGCCUCUUCCAUCAAAUAUAGGCGAUGUCGCGAUGCAACCGCCACCAAGCUUUCCAUCAGCCGAGAGGCGACAGCCGGAAGAGAGUACGGGCCAGCGAUCGACAAAGCGUCAACGCGCACACUACGUGAUCGAAAAAAGAUAUCGAGCAGGGCUCCAUGAGCGCUUUGAGGCACUACGGGACUGCGUGGAAACUUGGAAACAAGACCAGCAACAACAAAAAUCAUCUGCGUCUCCAUCUCCAAGUGACGCGGAUGGAACUGAUGAGGACCAUAACCGAAACGUACGCCUGAAUAAGGCGGAAGUCCUGCAACAAGCGGUGGCAUAUAUUAAGCUCUUACAAGAGGAGAAUGAGGUGGUUAUGGAACAUAUGAAGAUGCUCAUACGACGGUUUCGUGCAACAAAGCAGGCUUUACAGCAUGGCCAAUAG